AAUGAAUUAAGUCGAAAUCCCAAAUUUUAAAUGUUUAAAUCAAAAUCACACUUAAAGCAUAGAAUAGAUUUGUUUUAAUAAAUAGUGUACAGACUCAAGAUUAAUUUGCUAAUAAUGUCUUCAAAAAGGACUACAUUAACAGCACAUGAAAGAAGUUUUGGGAUUGAACGCUUUGGUCAGCUUUAUUGAUGAUAAUAAUAAGUCAUGUGAUACUCUAUGUGAAACGAUAAGCAAAUAAGGAGAUCUAGUUUUGGACUCAUACUUCAAAUUGAAAAAUGAAAUUAAAAAUAAAUAUCAAAUCUCAAACAAAAGACUUUAAAUAAUGGAUUCAGGUUAACUGAAUUAAGCCAUUAGUUAAAUGAUUUCUCUUAGUGAUUAUAAAGUGUAUAUCUCAAAGACAAUUAUGGAUUUAUCAAAUGAAUGGAAGUUAAAAGUUGACAAACAAAUAUAAGAAUUAUUGCUAAAAACAGUAAAUUUUACAGAAGUCAGAAAAGAUGAUGAAAAAUCAUCAACAAAUUUAUUCAACAAGGGUGAUUUAUUUAUAUUGAAUUAGGGUUUGCUUUAUAUAAUAAUCAAAAAUUCGAUGAUGCCCUUUAAAUAAUUGAUAAGACUUUGAAAUUGAAUCCAAAAAAUAGAGAUUCUUUAUGGUGUAAAGGUAAUGUAUAUUUUUAUAUAUAGGUGAAUGUUUAAUAAUGAAAAACAAUUUGGAUGAAGCUUUAAAUUGUUAUAAUUAAGCAAUAUCUGUGGAUCCAAAACAUUUGAACUCCCUCUCAGCUAAAGGUAAUGAAACCUAAAAGAAUAUAUUAGGUGAUUGCUUAAGAGGACUUGGAUAAUUUGAUGAAGCUAUAAUCUUAUAUGAUCAAGCAUUAUCAAUAAAUUCAAAACAUUUAGAUUCUUUGUAUGGAAAAGGUAUAUAUCUUAUAAAUCCAUAAGGUGAUUGUCUAAGAGAGUUGGGUAAAUAUAAUGAAUCUUUAAAAUGGUUGAAUUAAGCUCUUUCCAUAUACCCUUAAGAUUACUUUUCACUUUAAUCUAAAGGUAACUAAUAAAAAUAUCAAAAAAUUUACAAGGGGUGUGCCUACAAGAAUAAUAGAACUUUUCUGAGGCUUUAAAAUGUUUUGAGCUAGCUUUGAAGAUCUCACCUUUUGAUCAAUUUAAUUAAAUAAGAAAAAGUAAUCAUUUUUAUGAUUAUCAGAUAAAUGUGAAUUAUCCUUAAAGAAGAAUUGAGU